UUGCUGAAUUCUCAUCACUUCGGCAUCGGCUUUACAUUCACAGAGUACACGACGCCACACAACCAGGUUCCUUCUAUUCCACCUGCGUAUUCAAUCGUCAUCCCAAACGCCACUGUGCGAAUGCAACAAACGUGAAGGAGAAACGGCGAUAAAAACACCGCCAAAAUGCCGGGAAUUCUGCCCAUGAAAGUCAUCAAGGUGGGCACCAGCUCGCAAAGUCGUAUUGCCCAGGCUUGCGACAGGUGCCGCAGCAAGAAGAUCCGUUGCGAUGGCAUCCGCCCUACUUGCUCACAAUGCGCCAAUGUCGGGUUCGAGUGUCGCACCAGCGACAAACUCAGUCGCCGAGCCUUUCCGCGGGGCUACACCGAAUCGUUGGAGGAACGCGUGCGGGCUCUGGAGGCCGAGGUCCGGGAAUUCAAGGACUUGCUGGAUGAGAAGGACGAGAAGAUCGAUAUGCUAUCGAGGAUGCACGGCAAUCGGCGGGCGCAGAGCGAGCAAUGCCAGAGCCAACCGGCUACCGACGUAAAAAAGGAUUCCGGGCCACCGGUGAAGGAGGACACGUUCCGAGUGCAAGCCUCGCCGCUGUUGUUGGGUGUUGAGAACUCGGAUUCUUACUUUAUGGGCGCUUCUAGCGGCCGCGGAUUCAUCGAAUCCCUCAAGCGAAAGAUGCAGGAGAGCGGCAAAUCUUGCUCCGACUUCAACCCGGAGGCUUUCCUCCAUAUCCAGGGGUGCUACGCCCUCACAUCAAAGCCCAUCAGCCAGACGAUGAGGAUACCGCCGCGGUUGUUCUCAGAUCGAUGCGUCAAUGUCUACUUCCAGGAGUGGGCGGCUCUGUUCCCCGUUCUUCACAAGCCUACCUUCCUUCGCGUCUACGAGGAAUUUGUUGCGGACCCGGAGAAGAUCAAGAACAACCAUAAGCUAGCGCAACUCUACUUGGUCUUUGGCAUCGCGGCCCUGUCUGGCGAGGAGCCCGAUCUCGACCAGAUCGCCGCUUGCGAACAACAAUGGCAAAGGGCGUUGGAGGCAGUCCUCAUGGACAACACUAUGAUGACGCUGCAAUGUCUGUUGCUUGCGCUUGUCUACUGCACCAUCAGGGCCGACUAUAAGAGGCUGCAGCAUUACAAGGGUAUCGCCGUUGGCCUAUCGCUCCGACUCGGUCUGCACCAGAGUCAGAAGCGGUUCUCUUUCGGUGUGCUCACCAUUGAGACCCGGAAAAAGGUCUUCUGGACCCUCUACACUCUUGAUUGCUUCUCUGCUGCCAUCCUGGGCCUGCCCAAGCUUCUGAAAGAGGAAGACGUCCACACCGAGUUCCCUUCGGAUACCGACGACGAGUACGUGACCGAAAAGGGGUUCCAGCCGAGCCUUCCGGGCGAGGCGACUCGGCUAUCAAACGCCCUGGCUCUGUUCAGAGGAGCCCAGGUCCUGGGCAAGGUUUUAGAGAAAAUUUAUCCCUCUGCCACCUCUCACGAACUCUCGCUCCAGCAACUGUCUGCCCUUGGGGCGGAGCUCGAUGACUGGUAUGAGAAGCUGCCCGCCCACCUCAAACUCACCUUCAAGCAAGACAAGCCGUCGACCGACAUUACGGGUAGCCGGUCACCAAUCCUGGCUCUUGCGUACUACUACACUCGUACUCUGAUUUACCGGCCUGCUGUCGCAUCUAGCCUCGGUCCGAAGGCUGCCUCUGCGCAUAUUGCGGUUAGCGAAUCCAGCAAGCACAUCAUUCAGAUCAUCCAACUCCUAGAAGAAAGAAGCAUGUCGUUCUCUUUCUGCCUCAACAAGGCGGACACGCUUGUUCUCUGCGGCAUGGUUCUAUUGUACCAAACUUUGGACCUCAAGCAGGACAGCAAGAUGAUGAAAGACAACGAGAAGCUCGUGAACGACGUGAUCAAGGCCGCCGACAAGGCAAAGGCGCCUGGUUGUUACGAUUUCAAGCGAAUUGCAGGAAUGCUGGUUGCCGUCGACGAGCCGACACCGCAAUCGCUACCCACGCCCCCCAGACAUAGCCCGGAUGCCCGUCUUGCGGCUCCUGCGACACAACGAACUGCGGCCAACACCGGCCACAAGACGCAGAUGGGAUUCGGGCGCCAUAUCGCUGCCAGCAUGAGCGAGACUGAUCUCCUACUACAGCAAGAGAAACUCCGCAGGAUGACGAUGCCGCAGCUUCAGCACCCACGAGGGGAUCAACUAACCCCGCGUUCAAGAGGAUCUUUCGACAGCCCGCGGCCGAACGUACCCCUCUCCCAACGCGACCACCGGCUAUCGCUCACCCAGGCCCACGCCGCACAAUCAGCAAUGCUCCGCCUGUCAACCUCGCCAAACCCAAAACACCAAACCAUAGACUACCUCCACCUCGAUUCCCACUCCCAGCCGCCCUCCCCCGCGCAGGCCCGCGGCAACCCCCACCUCUCAUCAACCCAAGCGCAGCAGGCCCAGCGCUACUCGCAACUGCAAAAAGGAGACAACGUCUCGACCGCCGAGUGGGAGGCCCUGCUCGGCUCCAUCGACAGCGGGCAGCUCAACCUGUACGACGCCAUCUACGGCGGGCCCGGCCUGGUGCAGGCGGGGACGCCCACCUCGGCGACGACCAACCAUACCGCCGCCACGUGGUCGCCCGAUCCCUGGGACCUGUCGGGGUUCAACCUCAGCGAGUUUGGGCCUGGCGCGGGCGCGGACUCGUCGCACAGCGUCGUCAGCUUGAGCGAGGACGGGCUGAGCUCGAGUGAUGACUUGGUGAGCGUGGAGAGUGCGAUGGAUUUCAGGGGCGGGAUGAUACCGGUUACGACGGCGGAUGGGUUUGUGCUGGAUGGGUAUGGGCUUUGAGAUGGGGGGGUUGGCUGGUUUGGGAUUUACGACAAUGGUUGUUUGGUUUAUCAUGGGGGAUCUAGGUCUGGAUGGGGUGGGAUGUUCGAUGCUAUGCUAUGGUUGGUUGCGGCAACCUGGGGUUCUCGUUUUGCGAUAUCUGCUGCUAUGUCUGCUGCUGGCGUCUGAGGGAUGGUUGUUACCUAGGUAUACCUACUCGUUGGGGUACGGCGUGGGGGGUGAUGAUGUUGGUUCUUGGGAUGUUUGGAAAGGUUUGUGCACUGGGGUCUCUUAACAGGCCGGUGCUUGGUCUUUGGUACUUGGUCUUUGGUACUUGGUUCUUGGUACUUGGUCUCUGGGAUGGAUUUUACUUGGAUAUCAACAAC